AUGGCAUCAAGGGUCAAACUCCACCCCAUCAUAAUCCCAUUCCCUUGCAUCAAUCUUGUACUCAAGCUUGCUUCAAAGGGCUUUCUCGUUACGUUUGUUCAUCUUGAAUUUGUUCACCACACGUUGUCUAAAUCCCGUCAUGACAAACAACUGACCAAGUCGAUUUAUUCUCCGAUGCCCGUCAAUCAGGUCUUGACAUACGUUACGCAACAAUCAAUGAUGGUUUUCCUCUGGAAUACAACCGAUUUCUCCACCUGGAGGAACACUCUUAAUUCAUGGCCUGAAACAAUUGCUGAGAAGUACAACCUUGUGAAUGUCUCAGUUUCAGACAGAAACAGCAUUGGUGUUUUCUUUGAUCUACCACUCGGAACUUCCAAAACGGUCAUUUCCCAUGCAAAGAUUAGUAAGCAUGUUUUUGAAGCAAUAGCUUACGGGCUUCUGCUUAGUGAAGUUAACUUCAUUUGGGUGGUUCGGCCUGGAAUCGUGGCCUCUGAUGAUGCUAACGGUUUACCAGCUGGAUUUGAGGACGCAGUUCAAGAUAGAGGGUUGGUCGUUCCAUGGUGCAAUCAGGUUAUGGUCCUCUCAAAUCCAGCUGCUGGAGGGUUCUUUACACACUGUGGGUGGAAUUCUGAACUAGUGGUUGAUGAUUGGAAGAUUGGGAUUAAUCUUUGUGACGGAUCAUAUAUUGACAGAGAAGAAGUUGCUCUGAAGAUUAAACGCUUGAUGAGUGGAACUAUCUUAAAGGGCUUAAAUCAACGUAUCAUGGAAGUAAGGGUGAAAUUGCAUGAUGGAGUACACAUGGAUGGAUCGUCAGAGAGAAAGUUUGGCCGAUGA